AGACAAUCAUGUCAUCUUCAUUCCCAUACAGCGAAUACCCGUUCCUAUGUUCCCAAGAUCCGAAUUGUCAUGAUCAACCGACGGGCCUACCAGAUUACGCACGUGGGCUUAUUGGCGUUUUCGUGAGCCUGUUUGGCAUUGCCAUGAUAUUUUCAAUCUGGAAGCGUUCUAGACGGUCCUCAGCCUCAAACGGCCCUGCAAUGGACAAAGAGGCCAACGUCGGUGCUAAAAAGAAUGAUCACGACGAGCGGGAAAGAGAAAGCCCAUCCGAUUCCGACAGCCCCUCUGAUGCCGAAAGAAACAACGAUAAUCACACAAGUGGGCACGAGAUGGCAACACCUCACACCCCCGGUGACGGCUCCAAUGACGGCAACAGUUCUGCCUGUGGGGGUUGGUUUAGCGGCAUCAGUUGGUUUGAUGAAGGCGGUAGGGCGGGUGGUGACAGCACGGAUGGUGGUGAUUGGACAGGCAGUCAUAGGGUUGAACGGGCUGGCGACAACUCCUUUGGUGAUGGCGGUGGGGCAUCCUCCAAUGAUUGA